UCUAUUCGUUUUAUACGUGUCGAUGUAAGCGUACGGAAGGCAUUCGUUUCAGACGUAGCGAUCGCGUUUGAACGUCCUCUCAUCAUACACGUCACAUAUUAUUAUUAUUAUUUCUAUCGUUUUAUAGACAGUUAAGAGGCACCUAUCGUAUUAUAACACCAUACACUGUAGUUGUCUUAAGGUGCGUCGACGGUUGUCACCGGCGUCUCGUCUCUACACAGUCGUUCCCGUUCACUCGUGUCGUUCGGUCUACACAAUAUAAUAUCGUAAUAAUUUAUUAUAAAGUAUCACAUUUUCGACGCGGUUUUUCGUGUUGACACAAGGGAAAUGUCACUUUCCACGUGCGGUUUAGCCGUUUUCGCGUGCGUUGCAAUAUUAGUAUUGCAGUCUGUAGUCGAUUUGACUAAUGCUUUGCCGACCACAGAUCAAUCGCUGCAGUCGUCCACACCGCUGCCGCUGUCAUCACGAGACAUCGAAGACGAAGUACUAGGCACGAGUGCCCUAACUACUACAGCAGCCGAUGUAGUAGCUAGUGCUUAUGCGGUCAAGGAUACGUUUUUGGUGGACAGUGAAAAAGGCCACAUUAAGCCAUUAAAAAAAAAGAAACCUUUGGGCAAACACAAGAAGAAAAAGCAUUCGUUUAAGGAAAAAUUUUUGCCUCUCCUUUUAAUACCAUUUAUUAUUCAAACCAUGCUCAUACCGUUUUUCAUAAUGAAAUUGAAAUUGCUAGCUUUGAAAGCAAUGGCAGUGGGCAAGUUCGCAAUUCUGUUGAUCGUUUUUAAUAUGAUGCGUAAUUGGUCACAAAAUGCACACAGUACUUCGAUUCGUGGCUCAACUGGGGAUUCAUUGCUCAUGGCUCAAAAUUACGGUUUCAACGGUGUUCCGGAAUUCGGAGCAAUAUUUAAUGGUCGUUAGUAAUUGUCCAACAGACAGUUUUUCUAAUGCUUAAUAAUUUAUUAAAUUUAUAUUGUAAUGCUCUCUGCACAUGUUCGACGUAGUCGAACGUAGUGCUAUAACAUAAGACUAUUUAUGAACAAAAUCACCAAUGAUGUAUUAUAAAUUAUAUUAAUGAAUGUAAUAUCUCGUAAGGUACAUUACCUACAUUUUAUUAUAUAGUAUGUUAUCAUUAACUAUGACUCAAAAUUAGAUUCAAUGUAUGUUAUUUUGUGCCUUAUAUAUUAUAAUAUUGUCAUGAGUACCAUAAGUUAUUGUAGAACUAUUUUAUUUUCAUAUUGUAUAUUUAUUACCACCAUGUAUAGUUAGAUAACUAUCGGCGUAAAUUUGGUAAAAUAAAAAUAUUGAAUAAGAACAUAAUAAAAUAUUGUUUUGUUAACCUAAAAAAUACAAAUACGUAUAUUAAUAAAUAUAAUUAGGAAGGUGUGCAUGUAUUUU